AAUCUGUCUACAUUCUGAGUGCUGCCUUCUGCAAGACCACCCUUAGGCCCAGGUCCACCCCGCCAUCCCCUCACCCUACCCCAGACAUGGCUCUGGGUUCUGCCUGAGUCCAGCUGUGUGAAGAUGACUGGCACCUUCCUAGCAUGACGACCUUGGACCAUGUGAUCGCUACCCAGCAGUCAGAGUGGAUCUCUUUCAAUGAGGAUCCACUCUUUCCUGUCCCUUCUGAGGGGGGCACCGAAGAGCACCUCCCGGGGCUGUCAUCUUCCUCAGACCAGUCCGAGAGCUCCUCUGGGGAGAACCAUGUGGCCGAUGGAGGCUCUCAGGACCUUUCCCACUCGGAGCAGGAUGACUCCUCUGAGAAGAUGGGCCUCAUCUCUGAAGCGGCCUCUCCUCCUGGGAGCCCCGUGCUGCACCCCCCUGACCUGGCCUCGGCCAUCAGCAGCUGGGUUCAAUUUGAAGAUGACACGCCCUGGGCCAGCACGUCACCACCUCCCAGAGAAACAGGCCUACCAUUGACCAUGCCCUGCUGGACGUGCCCUUCCUUCAACUCGCUGGGGAGAUGCCCUCUGACCUCCGAGAGCAGCUGGACCACGCACUCUGAAGACACCAGCAGUCCUAGUUGUGGCCCCUCGUACACAGACCUGCAGCUCAUCAACGCGGAGGAGCAGAUGAGCGGCCGGGCUUCUGGGGCUGACUCGACGGACAAUUCCUCCUCACUUCUGGACGACGAAGGGGUAGACAUGGCGGCCGUCGGCCAGCAGGCCAGCAGGCCCGUCGUGAACGGCCACCCAGCCACUCCAGUGACCUCUGCUCGUUUCCCCAGCUGGGUCACUUUUGAUGACAAUGAAGUCAGCUGCCCUUUGCCACCCAUCCCCUCUCCUCUGAAGUCGAGCACGCCACCCGUUGCGCCCGUGACCCCCGACGUACCUCAUAGCUCCACUGGCUCAUUUAAGAAGAGAGAGCGUCCCAAGAGCACUUUGAUGAACUUCUCCAAAGUCCAGAAGCUGGACGUUUCCUCCUUAAACCACCCGCCUUCCAUAGCGGAGGCCCCGCCUUGGAGGGCCACCAACCCUUUCCUGAAUGAGACGCUGCAGGAUGUACAGCCGUCCCCGAUCAACCCGUUCAGCGCCUUCUUUGAGGAGCAGGCCAGGCGCUCCCAGAACAACUCCACGUCCAGCGCCACAGGCAAAAGCCAAAGAGAUUCCCUCAUUGUCAUCUACCAGGAUGCCAUCAGUUUUGACGACUCGAGCAAAACCCAGUCACACUCUGAUGCUGUUGAGAAACUCAAAGGGCUGCAGAUCGACGACCCUGACCACUUGGGCAGCGCGACCCUGCCCGACGAUGACCCCCUAGCCUGGUGCGAACUGGAUGGCCGCCCGCCCGGCUCAGCACCGUCCCAGCCCAGGGAUGGGUGGCCAAUGAUGCUGAGGAUCCCUGAGAAGAAGAACAUCAUGUCCUCCCGGCACUGGGGACCCAUCUACAUCAAACUGACAGACAGCGGUUACCUGCAGCUGUACUACGAGCAGGGCCUAGAGAAGCCCUUCCGCGAGCUCAAGCUGGAGAUCUGCCACGAGAUUUCCGAGCCCCGGCUCCAGAACUACGACGAGAAUGGCAGGAUCCACAGCUUGCGGAUAGACCGUGUCACCUACAAGGAGAAGAAGAAAUACCAGCCGAAGCCUGCUGUGGCCCACACGGCGGAGAGGGAGCAAGUGAUCAAGCUGGGCACCACCAGCUACGACGACUUCCUGAGCUUCAUCCGCGCCGUUCAGGACCGGCUGAUGGAGCUGCCGGUGCUGUCCACGGACCUGAGCACCGUCGGCCUGAACUACCUAGAGGAGGAGAUCACGGUGGAUGUCAGGGAUGAGUUCUCGGCCGUGGUGAGCAAAGGCGACAACCGGGUCCUCCAGCACCGCGUCCUGACACGGGUCCACGUCCUGAGUUUCCUGUCGGGGCUCGCGGAGUGCCGCCUGGGCCUCAACGACGUGCUGGUCAAGGGGAACGAAGUCGUCUCCCGGCAGGACAUCGUGCCGACCACCACCACCAAGUGGAUCCGGCUCCACGAGUGCCGCUUCCACGGGUGCGUGGACCAGGACGUGUUCAGCAGCUCCCGGGUGAUCCUGUUCAACCCGUUGGACGCGUGCCGCUUCGAGCUGAUGCGGUUCCGCACCGUGUUCGCCGAGAAGACCUUGCCUUUCACGCUCAGGACGGCGGCCAGCAUCUCCGGGGCCGAGGUGGAGGUGCAGAGCUGGCUGAGGAUGUCCCCCGGCUUCUCCUCCAACUGCGACCCUCUCACGCAGGUUCCCUGCGAGAACGUGAUGGUUCGCUACCCCGUGCCCAGUGAGUGGGUGAAGAACUUCCGCAGGGAGAGCGUGCUGGGGGAGAAGUCCCUGAAAGCCAAAGUGAACCGGGGCGCCAGCUUCGGCUCCACCAGCGCGUCUGGCUCCGAGCCCGUCAUGAGGGUGACUCUGGGCACUGCCAAGUACGAACACGCCUUCAGCUCCAUCGUGUGGAGGAUCAGCCGCCUGCCUGACAAAAACUCAGCUUCUGGCCACCCGCACUGCUUCUUCUGCCACCUUGAGCUCGGCUCUGACCGGGAAGUGCCUUCCAGAUUUGCCAGCCACGUGGACGUGGAGUUCAGCAUGCCCACAACUUCUGCCUCCAAAGCCGCUGUGCGGUCCAUCUCUGUGGAGGACAAGACCGGCGUCAGGAAGUGGGUCAAUUAUUCCGCACACUACAGCUACCAGGUGGAGAUUGAGCAGAAGAAGAGUUUGAAGCCUGACUUUGAAGGAGAUGAAGUAGAAAACCCCAAGGAGUGUGGGGUCCAGUGAUAAAGCCCUGCGGAGGGGGCCCUGACCCGAGUCCCCAUAGGAUGUCUUCCUGAAUAGCUCAAGUUCAAGUCAGUACCUACCGUGGCUACUCCCUGUGGGCAAAGGUGGAUUGGACCCCCCUGUCUGUAGUUGCCUAUGUCUGAACGGGAAACCCUGAGGUGGUGGCUUUGGAGGGGCUCUGGCACUGCCCGAAGCACCUGGGCCGCCUGACUUUCGGAGCUUGUGGAUGGGGCCUCCUCCAGGCUCCGCUUGUCUCCCAGCACCUGGGUGCGGUCUGUCGUGACUGGGAGAGUCGGGGAAGAACCUCCCCAUGGGUGUCGGCAUGAUUUCCUUCCGAUGUUCUUCUGUCAUUUACCUGCAUUUCUGGAAAACACAGCAUUGAGAAGUUAGUUCAUUGAGGACCCAUCUCUGACAGUCCCCCUAGAAAAGGUACAAAACAGAUUUACUCGUUAGGUUUCCCAGUCCUUUUGUAGGUGUCUCCUUUCUUUAAAUAUGAACACUAUGCAACAGAGGUUUUCGAGACAUUUCCCGUCUGGUUCUAGACUGUUUUGAUGGAAACGCUUUUUCCAUCUCUCUAAGGUUUCAGUCACAGGGUUCACCGCCCUGAGUCACCGUAGACAAUGGGAAGAAAGGCACAGUCAGAUACUUCUUUAUUCUGUGACUAGCCCCACGUUCUGCAGAGGGUGGCUGUUGAAGGGAAAGCAAAAUUGAGUUUAUUUUUCUUCAUUCUGGGGAAAAGGGACAUUCAUUGUAAAGUUAUAUUCAAUUCAGGAGACAGCUUCAAGCUCUGUGAAUUCCCAAAUUCACACUGAAAAAUGCAGGCCAUUCCUGAUUCCUGAAACAAAUGGAUCUAUAUAUGAUACCUCAGGCACUUGUAGGGGCACUUGGGAGCUCUUUUUAUACCUCGUAGCCAAUACAUAGCGCAUGUCUCUGUAACUCAGACUUUUCAGGAAAUGUAUGCUGAAAAAAUCGUUUAAAAGCUGUUUCAAAACUAAGCUUGUAUGAGCUUUUCCCAGAAAUUCAGAGUUUGAUAAUCACAGUAUUGUAAUAGAUCUAACAGGCAGAGACUCUAAGGUAGAGAUGGCGGGAGAGCCAUAUUUUUUUAACAUGGGGAUAAUUAUUAAAUCCUGAUGAGAAGAAUCUGGGACACUCAAUCUUCUUUCCCUCCAUCCAUUCCCUGCUCACAUUCUGUACCUCUGCUUCUUAUUUGUACAUUGGAGUUUUCUUACCACAUAAGAAACUACAUCAGCCAUCCCAAAGGGGAUACCUGCUCGACAAUUGAAAGGCAGCUUCCGUCUGCCUUUCUGCAUCUCCACGAAGAACAGAAUAGGGGGACAGAGAGCAUGCUUAUCAGAUUUGCAGAUGACACAGACAUAGGCAUACGUCCAGUCUGCUGACUGGCGGAUUCAGGAUUGAUUUAUUCAGUGAGUACUCAUUGAAUUCUAACUAUGUACUGACACUAGCUAUAGAAACUAUUAUACUUUUUUGAAAUACCUGAGCAUAAGACUGAAACUAAAAAGAUGAAAUUGAAUAGGCAUUAAUGGGAAGCUAUAUUUUGAGUUUUCUUAAAUGCAGCCCUCUAAGUAUAGCAUGGUGUGUGUGUGUGUGUGUGUGUGUGUGUGUGUUGAUGGGAAGGGUGUUGGAAAGUCCUAGUUUCACAGCAGUUCAUGUAGAAAUGUUUUCUAUGGAAAUAGGAGCUCAGUUGUGAAUCAGGAGUAUAUCGCAGCUAUUCACAAAGCUAUGCCAUUCACCCUGUGGUAACAGGUGCCCAGGGGGCCCUGCAUGCUGCACUUACUGGUAGGUCCACAUCUGGAUGGACGGUUGGGUUCAAUUCUAGGUACCAUAUUUUAAGAGACACAUUAAUAAAUGGAUUGUGUCCAGAGGCAGGUGGUCAGGGCUGGGAAGGGUCUGAUUAUAGAAGGAACAGGGGGAUAGGUCCCCCGAAGAGCAGAAGGCUGGAAAGGGAGUGAAGAAAAGGAGGAAAUUACAUAGUAGCUGCAUUGAAAUUUCUGUUGAGCUAUAAAAAGAGAGUGGACUUAGACUUACUUUAUGUAGCUUCAAAGGGCAAACAUAGGAACAAAGGGGAACUUUAUACAUGGCAGAUAUUUGCUUCAAUGUAAGUAGAGUUUUCUAAUAAGAGUUGUUUUAAAAAGUAAACGGACUCGGGUAGUAAAAUUUCCUGUUGCUGCAAAGGCCCAAACAAAGGUUAAAAUAACGGUCUAUCCCAGAUGCUCUGAAAGGGACUCUUCCGUUGGGUUUGAGCUGGAAGACUACCAAGAUCCCUUCUGCGUAUAGGCUUAGUCUCAGUAGUCUUAGUCUCUCUAACUCUAGUUGUUUUUCUUUGGUGAGUGGUUUUUCAUGCUCUGAAAUAUGGUGGGGUCCCCCAGAGAGCGUUGUCAAGCGAGGGCUCCUAGCAUUUCCCUUCCCCUCUUCGUAGGAAAGGCACAUGAGACUCCCCAGGGAAACAUCCAGAUGAGUUGAAGAGCUGGCAAAGUGAAGGUCAUUCUGGCACCUUCCCUGCCCAAGGCGAGCAUCCACACACCCUCUCAGGUCUCUGCCUCCCCUCUUAGCAUCGCGUGUGUAUCGCCUGCUGGGCCUUUGUCCCCACUUUGUUAUUUCUCAUUGCCGCCUCCGUGCUUUCACCUGGGCACCAAGAGCUGGGAAAGUCCCUUCCGCACUGUCACAAUGUUACAGGACAGUAAGAAGCGAGGAAAUCCCAGGGCAGGAGGACUAGGGAAACUGAGGCAGGAAAGUUCAAGCAGGGCCAGACUGUGGGCAAUUUGCAGCUCGCCUGCAAAUAACAAGCCAUUGUCCUCCCCAGCCAAGGACACUUGAGAGCAAAUGGUUAAAAGCCUCCCCCGGGAGAGAAUGCAGGGACGGAGGGGGAAGGGGGAAGGGAAAACUCCCUAAACAGAGAGGCCGGCAGUCUCAAGGUUUGGCAAGAUAAACUUGCCAGGUGCUUCUCAUGAGUUCUGGGAAGGCCACAACAGAGUAAAAAAGGGACCUUGAGAAUUAAUCUGUACCAAAAUAUUCGGCGGAGGAAUUCUGAGCCCUAUAGACAGGAGGUAUAUAACGCCUCGGACCCCCACCCAACUCCCUCUUCAGGUUAGGGAGAGCCCGUCUGUGCUUCAUAAGCCAGAUGAUUAGAUUUGCUUGCCACUUUGAUAAAUGCACAGGCUUUAAUUGCUUUAAUAAGUUGGCUUCAUCACAAUGCAGUCAUCUGGAGUUUUCUCAUUUAAAUCCAUUUAUAUGAGAAGACAGGAAUCGAGGUUGGGGACAGCCCUCUCCCUCUGACUCAGGCGGGCUCUCCAGUAACACCUCUUUGGGGUCUGUGAGAGGCGCCUCUAACAGUUAGAGUCAGCAAGCAAAUUAUUAUUAAUUUUUUAAAACCUACCACCUUGAUUUCAUCCAAUUUGUUUUCUGUCUACUGUUUGGGGGAAACUGAUGAUGGGUAGCAUUUAGAGGGUUGGGGAGUAUAAUAUUGUACAUUUCCAGACCAAGUGUUUUGUUAAUCACCUACACAGAAAACACAGUUGGGCAAAUUACCUUUUUGAUAUGCCGGUUCUAAAUUUGUCAUCUGGACCUGGAUUUUGUGGAUGUGGUCCCAAAUAAUUCUGUCUAUGUUAUCAAUAAUGUAAGAAUAUUAAAAGUGAAUUCAUUUUACCAAUACAUAGUGUUACUGUUAGACAUAAAUUAGAUGCUACAUACCAAGAGCUGUGCUUUCUUUGGAGUCUAGUGUGUUGCUUUGUGAUCUUAUAGUAAGAGGGUAGAAAUGUACUCAUGAUAUGUCAGACAAGAGAAUGUGAGGUAUUUCAUGGGGGGCAUUAAUCCCCUCACCACUCUUAUAAAUAUAGUACUAGCUACUCCUUAUCAACAUUUUGCCUUUCACUUAUGUUAUCUGGACAGUUAUAAUUUUUAUCCCCCCCCUCCCCCCGCCCCACCUUCCAGCAUUAUUGGCAGGCUCAGAACCCUUGAGAAUAUUUUUUUUUUAUGUAAAAUAUUUCUUAUUUGAAAUGAGAGUAAUUUCUACUCAAAUCCAGUGAGUGGGUGAAGGCAGGGGUUUAUUUCCCUAGAAAUUUACAUUCCCAAGGAAUGUAUCUUAACCUUUGUUUCCAGUACUUAGCACAAAGCUCAAAAUAUAAUAGUUUCAGCCACCUCAAAUCCUUGCCGAUGAGACAAACAUAUAUUAAUGGAAAAAAGGGAAGUUAUUAGGUAUUCAAAAAGUGUUUGCUGGAUGAACACUGACCCCGAGACUCUACUUAACUCUUAUCAAAUACUUACAUGAAAGCAAGCCAGCAUGCUUUGUUUCCCGGGGGACUGAAUAAUUUUCCUUCCCUUCUUUUCCUGCCUCUACUGUCAGCUAAUGAACAUUGUCAGCACUUAAACACUUAAUGUGCAGCUGAAUUUAAACUACAAUGUACCUUAAUCAUAUUGAAAAAACAUUGUUGUGCUCAAAGAUAUAGCCCAUGGUCAAGACUACUGAUUCAGCUUUGUUCCCGUGAGUCAGACAGAUCUGUGAGCCUGAGCCUCGCCCAUCCGAAUGGUCAGUGGGAGAAGAAGACAUCUGAUAGAUGACACAGCCAGCCGUGGGGUGCUAGGUGUUUCCCCAACAGUAGCCGCUGGCCAAGGUUACUGUGUAUUUGUUUCGCCGUAGUAAGGUGGAGGUCUGAGAUAGUAAGGCCGAAACCUGUGAAAUGAGAUCAUGAUUUCAGAGCUGCUUUACGUCUCAUCCUAAGUUUAGUGGCAGGAAAGCAGAGAAUGAUCUGAAAUGUUUUCUUACAGCCUUGGGAAUAUUAAACUGAUCUGAGUCGGAAGCACUGCCAUCCAGCCUACUCUUAGAAAUUCUCUCUGUUGGGAAUGGUAGCUUUAGCUCUUCUACAAAGGAUGGUGUAAGUUAAUUCUAGCACCAUCCGAGGGUUUAGGACAUGUGAAGAAUGCAAUUUAACAGGAACUUGAAGGGAAACUGACCCCAAAAAAAGUAAAUCCACAUCAACUGUCCUCUAGGAAACAAAUCAUCUCUAACAGUUCACUCCCAAGGCCCAUCCAAACCAUGGCAGCGCUUUAUAUAAAUCAGGCACGGCAUUUUCCCUGAGCUCGAAAGACGUUUUCUAAACAUCAGCAAGAACUAAGUGCCAAGUCCCUACAUAUCACCAUUCCUUCAUUUCUUCAUUAUGCUCUUUGGAAAUGAAACUUGUUUUGGAUAUCCUGACUCAUAUUUAUAUGUUUAAGGAAUUAAAAGUGAAUGAGAUGUAUAAGGCAGACAUAAACAUAGAAAAUAGCUGUGUGUGUCAGUAAUCUUUUCCCAUGUAUUAGCUAAAGCAGGAAUGCGGAAUUUUUGCAUUUCUUCUGGUGUGCCUUAGCAAAUCCGAUUGAGAGUCUAGUCCUUGGUUUUUGUUUUGACAAUUGGGGGGGGGAGGGGAUCUCUCUGAAUUUCCAAUUCCUGGCCUGUAAAGAAACUAUCCAUAGUAAUAAGUUUGGUAGGGCCUGGAGAGCGGCAGAUAACAAUCGCAUGUAAUGAAAAGCUAUAAAAGAGCAGACUCCAAAAAGCAGACUUGCGAUAUGAAAAGAUACUGCUAUUGAACAUGAGUGGGAAUAGAGAGAUGAGAAAUACGGCGCUGGCCCUCAAACCUCAAAAUACCUGAACUGGAGGCUGGCCCUUAAAAGUAAGGGGCUCUAGGAAAAUUAACGGGCUGCAUAGCAGGGAUGAACAGUAGAAUUAAUUCAGUUCAACGAGUAUUUAUCACGUGUGUACCCUGGCCAAGGUGCUGAGCCAGCUUAGCCCCCCUAAAGGGAGCUACGGCCAGACACUAGGACACUGAGGAUUUUGGUGUAAACUCAUUGGCAGGAUUAAAAUUGGAGUUUCUGUGAAUCUUAAAGGACAUAGUCGUGGAGACAAUCACCAUGUUCAGUGACUUGCGAUUUUCCCAAUUGGACUUCAGUAACCUCAGCUAAGAAAGUGAGGAUGCUGGACUCGUUCCCUCAGGUCCUUUCCAGUUUUACGGAUUAUUUUACAAAAUACCCUUUGGUGCCAUUGUCAGUGAUACUUCAUGUCAACAGGACUCUUCAUAUAGUCUUAAGAACCAAGAAAUUUAAAAUUUGAAGAUUGGGAAAAUCAGCUGGCCCAUCUUUUUCCUUUUCAUGUCUCAACUCUCUACCAUCUGCUCAGACAUCUGCCCAGGAACCCUGCAAUCCUCUGUUUUGUAGUGGCCUUUAAAAAAACAGAUAAAUAUGGGAGAGCCAAAGGAUGGUGAAGGUGGAUUGGGAUGCUGCUCUGAACUGGAAUCGCCCCGCACAGCAGGGGGUGAGUUUGCAGAGCAGAGAGAUCUCCAAAGCAGAUGUUGGAUUUGGGCACUACUUAGAGUCGAGGAGGUCUGCCCCUCCAAGGUACUGAGGCACGUUAGGACAAUCAAGGGUUCACAUAGGUGUGUCCUCUUAUAGAAAAGAUGCAGACAUCGAGGGAGUAAGCGUGCUGGGACUGUCGUCACACAGUUGUGGCGAAAUGAGAUGAAAGGGCCAGUCCUCCCUGUCCACGCUGUCUCUUAGUAACAUAAAAAUGUAGUUGUAAAAUUUUUCAAACAUGUACAAACUACAAAAUAGCAUCUCUUCUGUGGUAUGUGUUAGUAUGAUUUUAGUUUCUUGUACUUAGCGUUGGUCAAAUGUAAUGGUUCCAUUCGAACUGGACAGAGCAAGAAAUUGCAGCCCCCUCUUCCUCUGAUCAAACUGUCGGUGCUAGUUGGGGACACCAUCUAGCCACACUGUGACCAGUACCAUGUGCUUCAGGAUCGCCGACCCCACCUGGAUCUGGGGAAACUUGUGCAGAUUCUGACAGCAACCUGUUGGAUCAAAGUGUUCAAGGGUUUUAAAGCGUGCGGGUGACGGAAGACUGUGAACUCCUCUGACCCUAAGCCGGCUUUCAUUCAACCUUUGUGCCCAGCUGCCAAGAGAGCCUGGAGAAAAUUUCACUGUGUUCCAGAAAUUAAACAGACGGUGUGUUAGCCAGGGAGUGGUAAGAGAGCACCCUCCUCACCCUGCAUUUUUGUAAUGUCCAUAGUGAAUUUCAAUGUGUCAAGAUGGAUGGACCCAAGAUCCACUGAAUGACUCAGCUGAUCCAAGGCUUGUAUUUUCCUUCAUUCAUCAUCCAUCCUUACUUGAUGAAACUUUUUGUACUAUCGUGAUUGAUUUUAUGUAAAACUGGUUUACUUUAAAAAAAAAAAAUGUGCCUAUGUAAUAAAGUCUACACACUGGCUAACUCUGUAGAGGUAAGAUUUUGUUUUUAAUUAUUCUGCUGAUUAUCAUCUGUAAAACCUUUAUUUGAACUAUGAAAAUGAGCUGUUAAUAAAAAUUUUUAAGCAACAUC